AUGUGCAACAGGAGAGCUACGGAUUGGAUCACAGAGACAGUCAAGGGAUCACAGCGACAGUCAAGGGAUCAGAGAGACAGUCAAGGGAUCACAGAGACAGUCAAGGGAUCACAGAGACAGUCAAGGGAUCACAGCGACAGUCAAGGGAUCACAGAGACAGUCAAGGGAUCACAGAGACAGUCAAGGGAUCACAGAGGCAGUCAAGGGAUCACAGCGACAGUCAAGGGAUCACAGAGACAGUCAAGGGAUCACAGCGACAGUCAAGGGAUCACAGAGAGUCAAGGGAUCACAGAGACAGUCAAGGGAUCACAGAGACAGUCAAGGGAUAUCACAGAGACAGUCAAGGGAUCACAGAGACAGUCAAGGGAUCGGAUGACCGGCCUUCCCAUGCCUCCGCACUCGAUUAAACCAUGGAGAUUGUCAGGCAAUCGAGCCAUCGACCUUCCAUUCGGCGGAUUACUGCAGUUUUUGGAUUUACAAAAUGUUGUUUUUCCAGUUGAAGCAAUGACUAAACAGUUGUCACACCUUAGCCUGUGUCACCGUGACCACUUCCACAACAACACUCCUAUAGCUAUUACAGUUGUCAGCUGUAGGUCCCCUAACGGCUUCUCGCCUCAAGGUGCACUGGCUAUCGCUGACGGUGGGGACAGUAACAGUCAUGCUGGAGGAAACGACGCCCACGGCGACCGCAACCGCAACGUUGAGGGCGACAAUGAAACAGCGGGGUCGUCCAAAAACAAAACAUAUAAGGUGAACGACGCCUUGCCUAACGCCUCUGUGGAUAUUGGAGGCGACAGUAAAAACGAUGAUGUUGAAAACGACACCCAUGGCAUAAACCACGACGAUGGCCCCAAUGAAACCGUAUUUGGUUCGUCUACUAACAAAGGUACAUCCGGGACAUCUGCUCUCGUCUUCUCGUCCGCCAUCUUGGCUUGCUUUCUGGCAUCACGCUUAGUUCCAACGUUAAUCACGUGAAAUUCCUGUGUAGUUCUGAAGUCAUCAUGCCCUACCUCCUUGAAGGUGGGGAUUCCCCGGCGCCGGAAUGCGUUGAGCAACACUCUGCGCAGGCCACCACUGAAGGCCGUGUUACAGGGAACUUAAAAGUAUG